UUUGCCCAUCUCCUUCACUCCUUCAAUUCACUUUGCUUGCUAUAAUAAAUGGGGAGAAACAGAGAAAGAUGAGAAAGAGAUAGAGAGAGGAAAACUAUGGAGAAAAAGUUGGCGUUCAUCCAUGGCCUUCUCAUGGUGGAAUGCUGUUUGGUUAUUAUUGCUAUGGGAGCAAGAAUGCAGCAGAAAUCAGAAGCCGGAAAUCCAAUACAAACUCUAUCUCCGCCGGAGGGCAACACAACGUUUGUCGAAGGCACGACAUGGUGCAUUGCCUUGCCCGGUGUCUCACAAGCCGAUCUCCAAAAAGCAUUGGAUUGGGCUUGUGGUUCAGGUAACACAGAUUGUUCCCCUGUCCGCCAAGGCGGCCCCUGCUUCGAACCCGAUAAUAUUGUUUCCCAUGCCUCCUAUGCCUUCAAUAACUACUAUCAACAGAAUGGCAAUUCCGACAUUGCUUGCAACUUCGGCGGCACUGCAACUAUCAUCAACCGAAAUCCAAGUUAUGGUUCAUGUGUGUAUCCUUCCUCUGAGCAAACUUCAGAAUCACUGCAGCUGAGCUCAAGAAGUAUAUGGAGGAUUUGGGGAACUCUGUUGAUGGUAUUGUGCUUAAAUGUCUUUGCAUUGAUGUGAAAUAUGUAUUUCUUUUGGAUUACUAUUGAAACUAUUUGUAGUAAUUGUUAAUAUGAUGUUUUGUAAUUUAAAUAUGUGAGUUGAUGUUAUGAGACUUUGAU